AUGCGCGCCGUAGAGGAACCACAAGGAGCUGUCGCUGUUGUUUCCUUUCACGGGUUGAAGCCGAUUACCGUCAACGCUACUCACAAUCGCCAGUCAACCAGGUCUCUUUUAUCUGAAACCAAGGACACCCACCGACCAAGCCUGGUGGCGGAUAUGGCACUUUACAACACACUCCUAUCACAAACACGGUUUUCCCAUCAGCAAUAUGCCCGUUUGACGCGCUCCUAUACCCCUCCCAAUCACAAGUCAGCUCUAGACAAUCCCUCAGUAAUCCGUGAAUAUCUUGCAGAAGAAGUCUCCAUCAUCGGUCGCAUGUCAGGCCCUUUGACAGCAUCUCAGGUGGAAGCAGAACUUGGCGGAUUCUUCAUCUUGGUCUUGUUGAGAAAGCCAGCUCUCCGGGAAAUUCUCGUAUUAUCCGCGACCUAUCCUACUGAAACAAAGACGAUGGGUACUCGGUCAAUGACCACCUCGACGCAGAUGACUUCCCCACGAAAUGGGGUGCCGCUUCACAAGUAG